AUGGGCUUCGCAGACCUCCCAACCGAGCUCGUCCUGCAAAUCGCAGAGACCGCUCCCACUCCUCGCACCCUCCUCAUGAUGGCCAUCCUCAACCGCCGCUGGUACAAGAUCAUCGCCCCCCACCUCAUCGAGUACAACCUCAAAUACCACAAAGGUGUCGGGCUCGUUCACGCCGCGAAGAAGGGCAACCUGCGCGCUGUCGAGCUCUUCCUCGACGCCGGGGCCAACCCUAACACCGCGCCUGUUUACACUACCAAGAAUAUUGACUUUUGUCUCUGGGGUGUUUCGUACUUCCACGGCAGUCUGGAUGUGCUCGACCUGCCUCUGUUUCUCGCCGUGAAGAACAAGCAUAAGAUGACGGCGUUGUAUCUGCUCCAGCGCGGGGCGAACCCUGAUAUCCGUAGCUGGAAGGGUCACCCUCAUGUCGCUGACCUGGCGGAGUUUGGAGGAGACUAUGUACUGGCGACCUUGUUGCGUGUGCUGAGCCGUUCCAAGGUAGACGUGGACAUCAACUGGCUGGAGUACAGGUAUCGCCGGGGUGGUUUUCCACCAGUUCCUUUGACUUGA